AUGGACGAACCAGUUGUGAUACAGCUCAGUCGUCCAGAGGUAUACGUGAACCACAUAUCGUUUGGCGGAAGAGAUGCAGUUGCAGCCACGUUAAGCAACGACUUCAUUCACCUCGUUGACUUGGAAGCAAGGAAAUCAAAGCAAACCCUAGAUGUUGCUAAGAGGGUUGUAGGAAUUCACUUCGAUCUCACAGGAAGUCCAGUUCUUCGAGCGGUUGAUGAUUCAUUCGGCAUCCACUUGUUCGACAUUAGAGCGGGCUCUAAGAAGAAGUCGAGGGUCAAUCCACUGAUGGAGAAUCAUCAAGUUGUUUGCUCUGCUUGUUCUGACCAGUACAUUGCCUUAGGAAGUUCGACUUUCCUACCAGAAGAUGAAACAAAGAAAAAGUCGAAGAAAGCGGAAGAGAGCGAUGAUGACGAUGAAGUAGAAGAAAAUGAGGAUGAGGUGGACCCGAGCUUGAAUCCUCACGUUAUCUCCGUUUUUGACCUCAGGAAAUGCACAGAUCCAGUACUGACCGUAAAAGAAUCUCAUUCUGACUCCAUCAAUGCUUUGGCAUUUAUGAGAGAUGGGCAGCACCUAUUAUCAGGUGGAUCGGAUGGAUUGCUCAAUAUUAUCAAUGUCUCGUAUUCAAAAGAGGAUGAUGCUUUGCAGAGUACUUGUUCGGUCGGUCCUUCUAUAAAUCGCGUGGGAUGUCUUUCAAAACGUCUUAUAUAUGCAUGUACCGACGACAACAAGUGUUCUGUUUUUGUUCCAAACACUCCUGAUGACGUGGAUUAUCUGCGAAACGGAACCGAAGGGCGGUUUCUAGUGGACGCAUUAAAGGGUGGCGUUGACGAGCGCCCCGUAGCACUUGUUGAAUGCGACCCCGAAGGAACUCUUUAUGUCCGCACAGUUUCGAAGGAUGGCAAACAUUCGGAAGUUGUUAUGGAAUGGAAGGGUCAUACAGAUAUUGUACGGAGUGCCGCCUUCAACAAUCGUGUUUUGGUUACGGGAGGGGAAGAUGGAAAGAUAGUUGUGAAGACGGUUGACCUGAGGCCUGAGGGAGGCAAAAUUGAAAGGAAGAAGGCAGCAAAGGAAGAUGCAAAGAACAUUUCUGAGAAAGUUAAGGAGAAAAAGGAGAAGAAGAACAAAAACAGCGCGAAUCCUUACUGA